AAAUCCCUGACUGCUGGAGGUUGGGGAGGAUUUGUUGCGGAUAGCAGGGAGCUCGGCAUGUGCAGCUCUUCAUAUCUGCAUAUCUCUCUGCUGCCUGCAUCAGAGCGCACACGGGGGAGGAAAGAGGUCGUCUCGCAUGCUUGGACUAAAUUUCAUUCGGUUUCUUGUUUACUGUCCGCAGCAGCAGCGGGGCAUCCUUGGAAGAAAUCAGUGACCAUGCGGGAGGGACGAGGUGAUGCUGCUGAGUUUAGUUCUUAGGUUUCCUCCGGAGGGAUGCUGCUGGUGGUGCUGAUGCUGCUGAACCUGCGGCUGAUUUAGGAUUCUGGGAGUCACAGCAAAGUGUUUUUUUAAAUGAUUUCAGUCUCUCUGGUGUAAGAUUUUCGUUAUUUAUUUGAUCAAAUUAGAGAAUAUUUAGUUUAACAGAACAUUUUUAGAAACAAAAGGACUGGGCAUCUGAUGAGUGUUGAGAUGAACUUUGGAAAUUCUCUGCUUGUGAUUAUUUCAAGCAUCAGCAUCGCUGCAGGCUCUCGAGCUCGGUUUGAAGAAGGCGCUCCCCGGAUAGUGGAAGACCCGUCAGAUCUGAUCGUCUCCAAGGGGGAACCUGCCACCCUCAACUGCAAGGCAGAUGGCCGGCCCACUCCCACCAUAGAGUGGUACAAGGAUGGGGAGCGAGUGGAGACCGACAGGGACGACCCUCGUUCUCACCGGAUGCUGCUGCCCAGCGGCUCCCUCUUCUUCCUACGUAUCGUCCAUGGGCGCCGAAGCAAACCAGAUGAGGGCGUCUACACCUGUGUGGCCAGGAACUACCUGGGAGAGGCCGUCAGCCGGAAUGCUUCACUGGAAGUGGCCAUCCUGAGGGAUGAUUUCCGCCAGGCACCGAGCGACGUGGUGGUGGCUGCUGGAGAGCCGGCGGUGCUGGAGUGUGUUCCCCCACGGGGUCACCCAGAACCAUCCGUGUUCUGGAAGCGUAACAACGUUCGGGUCAGCAUCAAGGAUGAGCGCAUCUCUAUGCGUGGGGGCAAACUGAUGAUUUCUCCCACCAAAAAGAGUGAUGCUGGGAUGUAUGUAUGUGUGGGCACCAACAUGGUUGGAGAGAGGGACAGCGAUCCUGCAGAGCUGGUGGUUUACGAGCGUCCCGUGUUGGUGCGCAGGCCGGUGAAUCAGGUAGUCAUGGAGGAAGAGACGGUGGACUUCUUAUGCGAGGUCCAUGGGGACCCUGCUCCUACCGUGAGAUGGAGACGAGACGAGGGAGAGCUUCCACGAGGGAGGUUUGAAAUCCGUAAUGGGAACAACCUGCGUUUGUUCCGCGUGAAGGAGCAGGAUGAGGGGACGUACACCUGCACGUCCGAGAACAGCGUGGGGAAAACCGAGGCCUCCGCCAUGCUGCAGGUCCACGUGCCACCCCAGAUUACUGCAAAGCCUCGAGACCAGAUUGCAACCCAGGGGAGGAGCAUUACCUUCCAAUGUGGCACCACAGGAAACCCCCCACCUGCCAUCUUCUGGCAGAAAGAGGGCAGCCAGAUGUUGCUGUUCCCAGGUCAGCCACCGUCUCAGUCUGGCCGUUACUCGGUUUCGAUGGGUGGAGAGCUAACCAUCACCGAUGUCCACCCUGAGGACUCGGGCUUUUACGUCUGCCAGGCCAUCAGCGUGGCAGGAAGUGUGCUGACGAAGGCGCUGCUGGAGGUGGAAGGAGGUCCUUCAGGUCGGAUCCCGCCGAUCAUUCGGCAAGGCCCGGCCAAUCAGACGGUGUCUCGGGGUGCAGCGACACAGCUGCACUGCCGUUUAGUCGGAGGUGCCUCUGUCAAGAUCUCAUGGGAGAAGGAUGGAGAGAGGCUGGAGGAAAAAAAGCCUCGACUGACUCUGAUGGAGAAUGGCACAUUGCAAAUUACAGAUCUGAAGGACUCCGAUUCCGGGAUGUACACGUGCAUCGCAUCGAGCAGCACCGGGGAAUCCAGCUGGACCGGGAUGCUGACUGUCAGAGAGGACGGAGCAUCUUCUGGAUCCAGAGUUUCUGAGUUCAUCCAGCUUCCGGGACCACCGCAAAAGCCCGUAGUGACCGAGGUGACCAAGAACACCGUCACCCUCACCUGGCAGUCCAAUCCACAUGAAGGCGGGGCGGCCGUCACUUCCUAUGUCCUCGAGGCCUUCAGCCAGUCGGUGGGCAGCACUUGGCAAACCGUGGCAGACCACGUGAAGCAGGAGAGGCACACCGUGGUCGGCCUCUUCCCCAACACGGUUUAUCUCUUCAUAGUUCGAGCGGUCAACUCUUACGGCCUCAGUGACCCCAGUCCGAUCUCUGAGCCUGUCAGGACACAGGAUGGAAGUCCAACAGAACAGGGUGUGGACCACAGACAGGUGCAGAGGGAGCUGGGAGAGGUGUCCAUCUACCUGCAGAAACCUGUGGUUCUCUCUCCCACCAGCGCCAAAAUCUCGUGGACUGUUGCCCGUCAGUCACGGUACAUUCAGGGUUACCGCUUGUUUUAUCGGACCAUCGGGGGCUCCUGGUUGGUCCGAGACGUGGAGGCUACAUCUGACUACAGCAUGGUUUUAGAAGAUCUGCACAGCAACAAGGAGUACGAGAUCAAGAUUCGCCCCUUCUUCAAUGAGCUACAGGGACACGACAGCCUCGUGGUUCUUUUACGAACACCUGAGGAGGUUCUAAGUGGGUCUCCACAGGCUGUUUCAGCGGUGCAGCUCGCCAACAGCACCAGCAUCAGCAUCUCCUGGGAGCCGCCGCUUCAUAAUAUUCAGACAGGCAUCGUUCAGGAAUACAAGGUCUGGUGUCUGUCGAAGGACGUGGUGCUGGAAGUAAACCGAACCGUGGACGGAGCAGUCCUGUCCAUCCUGCUGACGGGUCUGCUGCCUGACGUCCGGUACUCAGUGGUGGUUGCUGCUGUCACCAGUCUGGGUGUGGGUGCUCGAAGCCCGCCUGUCAGCCUGCUUCUCACUCAACCUCUGGAACUGAGGAAAGAGAGUGAUCCCAGCAUAGCAGAGCAGAUUACCAGCUUCAUCCGCCAGCCUGCCUUCAUUGCAGGGUUGGGCGUGGCUUCCUGGCUGGUGAUGAUGGGCUUCAGCGGGUGGCUGUACUGUCGGCAUCGCAGAAGGAAGCAGCUGGGGCACUACACCACAUCCUUUGCAUACACCCCAGCAGUUGGCUUUGCCCACAGUGAGGGAUCAGGGAUCAUCAAUGGAGGGCCUGGCUUGUUGGGGUCAAAUAUGGGAAAUUACCCCUGGCUGGCUGACUCUUGGCCCACUCCGAACCUCACUCAAAACAGCAAAGACUUGGUCAACUGCUGCGCUGGGAAACUGGACUCAGACCGAUAUUAUAACUCUGUCGGGAUCAUCAGCUACCCAAACCAGACAGAGAAACGCAGUACGGCAUCCAAUGACAGCCCCAUUUACAGCACCAUUAACACAACGGCUGAAGAUGACUUGCUGGCGUACUACGACACCUAUUCCAGUGUCUCUUAUAACCCUGGUCCAGACCCGUACAGUAGCAACCCAGUACUGGCAAAUGGUGGGCUCAUGGGUCUGGAGCAGGACCUGGACCGGUGGACUAUCCAGUCUGGUCAGUCUGGGUCUGAAUAUGCCAAACUUCAGUAUACCAAAAAAAGCAAUGACAAACUGGCACAGCAGAUGUCCACUGGGUCCAAGUCAACUCCUCUCACCUGGGUGGACGUUUUGUCUCUGCCUCUUCCCCCCAACAAAGACAGAAGUCGUCCAACGUCGAACAGAGAAGAGGCACGGCACAGCCCUGAGGAGGACGAUGAUGACUGGUGUCCCCCGCUGCCGGCCAGAACCUACCUGAUGGACGUGUCCAGAGAAGAGGUCUCCAGCCUGCCCUCUAAACCAGAACAGAUUUCCUUCACAGCAAAAGUGCGUUCCCCACAGCGAGGCGUGCCCAAACCUGGGAGCAGUCCACCUCUUCAGCAGUUCGACCUCCUGGGCCGUCACCACUCGGUGUCCCAGUCCAACCCUGAUCUGUUUACCAACACUGAGGCUCUGGAUGCCAGUGAUUUAUACAACUCUAGCCACUGGGUAGAUGAUCUCAGGGGAGGAAGACCCAGCAACGGAAAAUCUCCAGCUGCAGCUGCAGAGUCCAGCCCUGCAGCCCAGAGCCACAGAUCCAGGAGUAAGAAACGAGCGCCCAAGGAUGGACAAAACCGAAGAGAGAGGCACGGCGAAGCAGAACUGCCCCCUCCACCGUCUCCCCCCUCUAUGGACAACUCACUGCAGCUCUUUGUGGACGUUUUGAGUCGCAAACGAGCGAACGACGAAACAAAAGAGGGGAGCAACCCGCCGACUCUUCCAAAGAGGGGAGAACAUUUCUCACCAGGACUGACAAAAUGGUUGUCAGAAGCAGAUGAGAAUGUAAUCCCAAAUGGACCGCCGGGUGUCUUGUCCAAGGUCCAGGUUUCAGGCUACGGGUCUCUGGGUGGGAGAGUCUUGCCCCGACCCUCCACUGCUGGCCAGAGGAGAGAUGAGAACCUGAUAUGAACCGCAGCUGAUGACAUCAUGUGACGUCCUCCUUUUUUCCCCUCCCUGAUUUCCUGUCUUUGUGAGCCAUCAACCUGUUGCCAUGGCACCUCAUGAGAAACUGAAGCAUCAAGACUCUCCAUCUGCCUUGUCACAAGCUAUUUGGAUUCCUUUUAGACUAUAAUUUCAUCACAUUUAUUGUGUGUGUGUGUGUGUGUGUGUGUGUGUGUGUGUGUGUGUGUGUGUGUGUGUGUGUGUGUGUGUGUGUGUGUGUGUGUGUGUGUGUGUGUGUGUGUGUGUGUGUGUGUGUGUGUGUGAUUUUCCUCACCCUUACUCUGUAUAAAGCCAUCCUCAGUGUAAUUUUUAAAAGAUGUGAGCAGAUAUAUUGAUUAAAAAUGGACCUGAAGAGAUAUUUUUAGGCAAAGGGAAGUAAAUUAUUGUUGUACAGCAGAUUAUUGAAUGUAUCUUUAGUUUCUAACCAGAAAAUCAUGAUGCUGAGAGUUUGAUGAAAGUUUAGGGACAACAACAUGACAAAGAGACAAAUUUAAAGCCUGUUACAUUCGGUGUGUAUGUGUGUGUGUGUGUGUGUGUGUGUGUGUGUGUGCGCGUGAGUGCGUGUGUGUGUGUUUAUCUCAAUGUAUGUGCGUAAAUGUUUGAAUGAGUGUGUGUGUGUGUCAGUAUUUUUCACAUUUUUUAGCGUGGCUGUGUACUGUAGUAGAUCACCAAUGUGUUGAUUUUUAAACCGAACAAUAAAAGCUUUGUUACUAAA